AUGAAUUUUAUCUUAAUGUUUUAUGGCCCUCCAUGUAGCGGAAAAGAUACAUUAAUAAAAUUUCUGAUAAAAAAAAAAAAACAAAUUUUAUUUUUUAUAUACUUAUUAUAUAACUUAAAAGAACAGUACAUAUCAUAUAAAUAUAGUUAUGAAAAAAUAUUCUUUAUACAAUUAAUAAAAUAUUGUAACAAAAUAAAUAAACCUUUUAAAUUAAAUAAUAAACAUGGAGUUCGAAAAAUAAAUUUAUCAUUCUUUUCCUUAAUAUAUUUAUAUAAAACUUUCUUUGUCACAUUAUUCGAUUCUACAUUUCGUUCGAAUUUCCAACGAUAUCUUAACACAAUUUAUGCCAAAUUAAAAAAAGUGAAAAAAAAAAAAAAAAAUAAUAUUUCUUUACACACACAUAACUCCAUUAAACAUAAGCAUUCUUAUAAAAAUGAUGGAAUAAAUAGUGAAGAUAUUGAUAAAAAUAAUGUUACUAAAAUGUGUAUAAAAAUAAGUAGGAAAAAAAUAUUAAAUCAUAUAGUUAAACCCAAAACAUUUUUUAUAUUUUAUAAAAAAUUUAUUAAACAGAUUAAAUAUUUUCGUCAUUUUUUAUCAAAAUAUAAUAUUUCUAUUCAUAAUAUAUCAACAGAUAAUAUUGAGAAACAAUUUUAUUCUACAAAAAAUAAAAAAAGAUAUGUUAAUCAAUCUAAGAAAAUAAAAAAAAAUGAAAAAAAAAAUAUUGCAGUAAUAACAAAUAAAAUUAUUAUUUUUGAAAAACAAAAUCACAAAACUAAAAUAUAUUAUCCUAUAAUAAAAAAACGAUGUCUAAAAAAUAAACUUUUUUUUUUUUCAAAAACUAGGGAAAAUAAAAACAUAAAACCUACAUUAUUCAACCAAAAAAAAUAUUGGAAAAUUGCCAGAAAAAUCGCUUAUUUAUAUUGCUUUCAUUUAAUUAAUGAACAUAAAAAUACAAACAAAAAAAAUAGUUCUCAUAUAAAAUAUGAUCAAAAUAAAAUAAUUAUAUUAAAUGAUACUUUCCAUUUUCCUUCAAUGCGAAAAAAAUAUUAUUUGCUCUCUAAAAAAUAUAACUCUAUAUACAUCCAAACAUUUUUAAAUACACCAGUUAAAUUGUGUGUAAAAUUAAACAUAAAUAGAAACAAGUUUAAAUAUAUAUCUAAAGAAACUAUUAUAAAAAAUUAUUUAUAUCAUAAUAAAUAUGCAAUCAGACUUAAAAAUGAGCAAACAAAUAAUCAUAAAAUAAUUAAUUUUGUUAAGGCUACUCGAAAAUGGCAAGCAAAUACUAUAUCUAUACAAGUUAAUCGUUUAGAAGAUAAAAACAAAUUUAAAGAACUAUUAUUCUUUAUAUACAAAUAUUUUUCAAUUUUUAUAAAAGAAAUAAAUAAAAAAAAAACAGUCAUAAAAAAAGAAAAUCACAAUCCAGUAAUUCAAACAAAUGCUUUGGAGAUCAUUAAUAAAACUGCUAACAAAAUUAUUCAUGAGAAAUUAAAAAGUAUCCCAAAUGAUCAAAAGAAUGUGUAUGCUCAAAAAUACCGUCUUAUAAAAUUGCAGCUCUUAAAAGAAUGCAGGAUAGAUAAAACAUUUAAUGUAACAGAUAUAGAAAAUCGGUUUUUGACGAAUUAG